CGCGUCCUCGGUGAAGGAUACGGUGUUCGAGCUGCGCCCCAGGAUGGCUCGUAUGGUUUCCAUCGUUGAAAUCACCUCGCCGAACUAUUCGGUAUCGGCGGAUCCUCCUCGAGGGUCGCUUUGACUCGCUAAAAAAAAAUAAGACCCGAAGUGCCCAAACUCGAGACGCUUCCUCCGAGCGGAAGACGGAGUCCUGUGUGUCGUGGAAAUUCGAUUUUUGCUAUUUCGUCGGCGUGAAAGAUGGCCGGCCAGGACCCGAAAUGGCAGAAAGAUGCGGCGGACCAAAACUUCGACUACAUGUUCAAACUGCUGAUAAUCGGCAACUCUUCCGUGGGUAAAACGUCGUUCCUGUUCCGAUAUGCGGACGAUUCCUUCACGUCGGCCUUCGUGUCGACCGUGGGGAUCGACUUCAAGGUGAAAACCGUCUUCAGACACGACAAGAGGGUCAAGCUACAGAUUUGGGACACGGCGGGCCAGGAGAGAUACAGAACGAUCACGACGGCCUAUUACAGAGGCGCUAUGGGGUUCAUCCUGAUGUACGACAUCACCAACACGGAGUCCUUCAACGCGGUCCAAGACUGGGUCACGCAAAUUAAAACCUACUCGUGGGACAACGCUCAAGUGAUCCUGGUGGGCAACAAGUGCGACAUGGAGGACGAGAGAGUGAUCAGUGUCGAGAGGGGCAAGGAAUUGGCCGCCCAACUGGGGGUGCAGUUCUUUGAGACCUCUGCCAAGGAGAACAUCAACGUGAAGGCGGUGUUCGAACAAUUGGUGGACAUAAUAUGCGACAAGAUGAGCGAAUCGCUGGACAGUGACCCGACAUUAAUGGCCGGCGGGGCAGGCCAAGCCAAGGGCCAACGAUUGACCGACCAACCAGCCAACCCGACGACCACCAACUGCAACUGCUAAGGGAGCAUAAAGCGCACCGAGUUUCGAUGCUGGGUAGCUAGUCCACCUUCUUCGUCGUUCCUUUGUUCUUUAUUCGUUUAUUUGGUUCCAUUUGAGAGGCGUUGGUCGCGGCCAUUACGUGCCGCGGUGUGUUCGAGUUUGGCAAUCAAUCGGGUCGAACCAGGCGGCGUUCGUUUCGGUUCAAGCGCUCGAGGGGAAUCCUCGCAGAGGCGCGCUUCCUCUAGUAACAAAAUGGCCGGUUCUCAGGCCCGAACUAGCAACGAUCGCGGAGUCGCGCCACGCUUAAAUUCGUACGACUUUCCUCUGCCUCUUCUGCCUUUUGAGGGUCUUGUCGGCUGUCUUCGCUGUGGUCGUUUCGUGUUUCCGUAGUCGCGUGGUUCGAAGUGGCCGUUCGGGAAAAAUGAAGCGAAUCGCGCGAUAAUCCAUGGGCAAUCCUGGGUGGUCGCGAUAGAUCGUGGGCAUGUUUAUCUUCAAACAAAAAUUAAGAGCUAUCUAUCGAGGAAACGAUAGUGCCCUGGCGAAAUAGACAUUGAUGGGGUGCAAUUAUCGCGGGAUUUUCACCGACUCGCGUAAGACCGUUUCGCCGAGGGAAAAGUGCUAACAGGGAUCGUGGUUUCCAGUCUAAGUAUUGCGGAUGGUCGAAACAAGCCAUUCGGCGUGACCGUAAGAGUCACCCCUUCUGCGUACUUUUUACUCGUUCUUGAAUCACGACCACAUACUCUCCAUUUGCAAGAUUCCUCGUAUGACACGCGAGACGUGUACGUCACUCGAAUUUAGGCAUGGCGGUAGAUCAGAGGUUCGAGGUGAACUAAAAUCGAUGACGUCGAUAAGCACAACCACAUCCGCAUUGGAAGCUCUUUAAGCUUGCACACCCAAGUAUGGUCAUCGUAACGUUAACGGGCUGUUCGCUUCCGAAACGAUAUCGCGGAUAAUUUAGCAUGGUCUUUCGUCGACCUCUCGUUGCAGGAGUCGACAUCGUUACCUACCUUGUGCCUAUCGUUUGCAUCUACGUAAUGAAAAUCCGAUGCGGUAGACCCUUCCGACCCGACCCGUAUUACGGUGGAUACUUUACGUAGAGUUCGAAUUAUAUUUAAGUCACGUCAAAUGCGACAGACCGGUCGACUUGGUUCACCGAUAAACGUGCCGUUUCGUCACCGACGUGUAUCGCGGUUACGCCAAAUUUAUUACGUUGUACAUAUUACGUUCCAUUGGAGUUCUCGAAACCGUAUACGGUUACGAUUUGGCAUCUCGAAGAAAUUAUUUGAGCAGCGGUACGAACCGAUGGAGCGAAUUGGAGCGUCCAUGUCGAGUACUCGCUAUCGGCGAUAUCGUUUCAGCUGCUGCGACACGACCAUCUAGGCAAGCUGCCCUCUGUACAUAAAGAAACAAAAAUAUAUACUAUUGACUCUGUAAUGAAGUGUAAUGUACGUACGCGUUACUCAUCCGUGUGAACCGAAGGGACCUAUUCUGCUCGUGGAAUAGCGACCGAUCGCAAACGGCCCGCUCCACCGUUACGUUCGGGAGCGACUUGUUAAAUAGGAGGUUUUUCCAACGAUUGGCGAACGACGAGAAGAAAUUAUCGUAGCUGAGACGUUUUCCUUUCCGUUUCUUCUUCUGUCUUCUUCUCAGCCUUUCUUGCUCCGAUACCGUUGUCUACUUUUGUUUCCGGCGUUCCAUCGGAACGCGUGUAUGUACAAUUAUGAACCAUUCUAACGACGUGUCACGGGUACACCAUACUAUACGACAUAUAAAUAAAUGAACAUAUAUAUGUAUAUGUAUAUAUAUAUAUCUGCGAUAUAUAUAAAGAGAGGCUUAGUGGGGGAGAAAAAAGACGCGACAAUUAAUCGAACGAAUAUUAGUGGUCACCGGUGGACGGGCACUUGUAUGUAUGUACUGUACCGUAUGUAACUAUUACGCCUAAUAAUAUUAAUAAUAACUAUUACUGACGAUAAUAAUACGAUUACAGAGAAUACGAUAAAUCUUACCACGUACCACAGAUUAUUUGGCGAGUGUUACGUUGACCGUUUAUAACAGGUAGUGUUAAUGUAGCGGUUACUGGAGUUAAUGUUUUCAGCGACGUCUAUGCAUAUAUGUGUAUACAGCCGCAAGAGGCAGAGCUAUUAACAAAAUGGACAUGUAUAAAAAUGUAGUGGAUGGCAUAACGAGCGUAUGCGAGGUAUUAAGUGGAGUAAAGCUCUAAUUUACAACA